AUGCGUGAUCCGCGGAGUCGGCCUCGACCGGCGCCGUGCAGUUUACAGGACGAUGAUGAGAGGCCCGCUGAUGGUGACACCAUUCAUCAGGAGAUCCUCACCAAGUGCGUCCUCCCUAUGGCCGCCCGCCGCCUGAGCGGCCACAGGGUGCACUUCAUGGGAACAUGCCGCCUGCUCGGUGAUGCCUUCAACGUCCUGAAGCGUUUGCUCGUGCUCGCCUUCGCGUACGACGCCGACAGCGUCGGGGGGCUCAAGUUCGUGCUGGCCGGGGACCCCUGGGAGGAGGCCUCGGCGCUGGCAGCCGCCGAUGGCGAGUGGCUGCUCGACGAUGCCUUGCAGGAGGUGCGGCUGAAGGAGUUCGAGCCCGACGACGAGGUGAUGGAAGUGAAGCUGAGCGUGCUUUUCGUCAUCAUGUUCGCCCCCAUCAUGCCCGAGGGCGUCUUUACCACGCUCCUCGGCAGGAUGGUCGAGAACUGGGGCGACUUGGCCAAGCUGAUCUUCGCGCGGCGGCGCCCGUUUCCAGAUCACGGCACAAGCGUCGCCGCUAUGCACGUAGAGGUCAGGGGUUUUCUCGCGUCGGCGGUGGCGCUCAAGGCGAGUUGGUCAUUGGUCUUGUCCUUUGUCGUCUUCUCCAACGAGUGA